AUGGUAGGCUUGACAACCGAUGGCGCUCCAGCUAUGGUGGGUUGUGAUAACGGUCUGGUGGCGUUAUGUCGUAAAGAUGAAACUUUCCCGCAAUUUCUCUGUUACCACUGCAUUAUCCAUCAGCAAGCAUUAUGUGGAAAUUUCCUGAAACUAAACAACGUUAUGAAACUGGUGGUAAAAAUUGUGAACAAGAUUAGAGCUCAAGCGUUACAAAGAAGAUUAUUCAGAACCUUGGCCGAUGAAGUUGACUGUCAAUACGGGGACCUACUCCUUCACUCUGAAGUCCGAUGGUUAAGUAGAGGACGGGUGCUGAAACGUUUUAAUGAUGUCCUAUCUGGCAUAGUUCAAUUUUUCAAACAACGCGAUGAACCGACUCCGGAACUAGAAAAUUCAAUCUGGCUUAGAGAUUUUGGUUUUCUCGUAGACAUUACAGAGAAAUUAAACGAACUUAAUUUGCAGCUUCAGGGGUGA